GCUACCCUAUGACCUGACCUGUCAAGCACAGCAGACCCACAAUGCAUCAUCGCAGCAAACACACCUCGGCCAUGUUUGGGCUCUGGUCGUGAAUGGAAGUAACUGCCGCAUAGAAGCUAUUCCCUUUGUAGUCUCACGUUUUGUACCGUCGAAAUGGUGUAAUACUAAAGAUUAAAUGCACUUUCCGGCUUUGUAAUCAAACUCUAAGCGGGACGCGCCUUGUACCAUGUCAGCCAACGCUCAGGAUUAUGACUUCGAUGAAUAUGACAAACCUGGUGCUGAGCGGUUACGCAGAAGGAGAGGUGAAGAUGAUGAUCUAGAGAGUGAUUUGGAAGAGGGCUUGUUGGAGGAGGAUUGGCUGUCUGGUAAAAAGAAUCCCUCAGAAGUGUCCGAUGAAGAGCUGAAUGAUGACCUUCUACAAAGUGACGAAGAAGAUGUAAAUAUAAGUGGUCAGGAUGUGAGCCUCAAUGCCACAUACAGCAUGGGCACAUCCUAUGACCAGCAGGGCAACAUGCAGGAAGCAGACUACACAGGUGAUGUUGUGAACCUGGGUGAAGAUGGUGAUUUAGACGAGGAGGGUUACCAGCAAGAGGGGGAAGAGGAGUACACGCAGGAAUACAGCCAAGACAGCAAUGCAGAGAUGCCUGAAGACCAAAUGGAUUACACUGGAGAGCUAGCUGAGGGUGACGAUGGCUACCAGGAUGAAGUGCUAGACAUCCAAAUCAAUGAGCCCAUAGAUAAUGAAUUUCAAGAUAGUGAAUACCAAACCUAUGAUGAUGAUGAUGAUGAUGAUCAUCCGGGUAAACAUGGAGUCCAACAGGAGGAGGUCCCAGAGGAGCAGAGGGAGGUAGGGGGAGAAGAGAAGCAGGAAGAGGAGGAGGAAGACCCGGCCGACGGCUCUCAGGUCUUUGACACAGCGGAGGUUGAAAAUAAAGGUGUGCCUGAAGAAGAGACGAAGGAGGAAUCGGACGAGGAGGAUGAAGAAGAUGAAGAGUCUGGUCGCAUAAGGUUUAAAUCUGAGAGAAAGGAAGGGUUUGUUGUGCGGUUGGCUGAUGCAGGCAGUAACAGGAGGAUUAUCCCUGAAACACUAGAACUGUCAGAAAAGGCUAAGCACGAUCUGAUGGCGUUUGAAGAACAAGAACGGCAAAAGAAACAAAACCGAUAUGGAGGCCGAGGUAUGAGAGGAGGAAUGCGAGGAGGCAGAGGAAGAGGAGGCUUCCCACCAUUUGGAAUGGUAGAUUUUAGAGGAGGAAACAGAGGAAGAAUGAUUGGCCAGAGGCUCCCCCUGAUGGGAAACAUGGGCAUGCAGCAGCCAUCUCUCCGAAUGACCCUUCCUCAUGAGCAGCAACUGCACUCUCACCAGCACCACCCUUCCCAUCCAAGAGGACCUCCUCCCUUUCAAGACCAUGGGCGCCCACUGGCCCAGCAGCCCCUUCAGCCCCUCAUCCCCCCACACAUGGCUCACCGCUCCCCGCCGUUGCGGCCUCAGAUGGAGCCACCACCACGAAUGAUGAGCUCCCCACCACCUAAUUUCCCCCAACAUCACCAACAGCAGCCUCCACAGCCCAAAAACAUCCACAUUAACCCCCAUUUCAGAGGGCCCACAGCAUCCUCUGUACAAGUGCCCUUGAUGCCUCCUGCUCAGAGCCAGCCCAGACCUGCUGUGGGUCCUCAGAGGUUCCCUGGACCAGGAGACUUCCAGCAGCACAUGUCUGGUAAUUUUGGUCAGCCCCAGCGGCCCCCUCAUCACAUGGAACCCUUUAGGAACCAGCCACCUCAAGGCCCCCAAGACAGAGAGCCCCUCUUUAUGGGAGAACGCACAGAGUCAACACGGUUUCCAGGGCAGCACAUGUUUGAACACCAGGGCCCCGGUCCUCUGAUGAACAGCCCCCACAACAUCCACCACCAGCAGCACCAGCAGCAGCAGCACCAGCAGCUGCCCGGCCAGGGUCACAUGGGCUUCGGCCCACCCGGACCACCCUUUAACCAGUCAGGCCAGGGUCCGCUAGGACUUUUUCCGAGAGAACCCCCAAGGCCCAACCUCCCUCCACACCAAGGUCAUCAGGGGAUGGUCGGCUUGAAUCAACAAGGUGGCCCCCCCAACCAGCCCAGACCCUUCAUGGACCCUCGUCAGCCUUUUGGACAGCAGGGGAACCUUUUCCCCCCUCCACAAGUCCAGUUUGGGAUGCAGGUACGACUAAGAGGCUUAAUGCAUGGGCCUCCUGUCUCCCAGCUUCAGCAUCACAACCUCUUGCCAUCCCAUCAGCCAAUGCAGCAACAACAUCAUAGGCAGGAGUUACCCCAUCAGCAGCAACAUCUAAAUGUCAAUGAGCCCCGUCCUAUGAUGCACCAUGGCCAGAAUCUCUUCCAUCAACAGCAUGCUCAUGGUAGCCCCAGGCAGAUGACCCCCCGCCCUCAGAACUCACAACAGCGCAACAUGUCCAACAGGCAGAGGAUGAACACACCUGUCUCCAAACAAAUGCAGCAGCGCAACAGCAACCUGCGGGAGCUCCCUGUAGCACCUGGCAACACAAACAUGAACAGUGCCCGCCCCGCUGCCAACGUUAGGGCUGUUGCAAAGGCAACGCAGGGGGUGCGUCCUGGGCAGAACACUCAGCUGGUGCCUGGUGGUGGCAGAGGAAGAGGUCAAGUUGCUGCCAAGAUCGAAUCACAGCCUGGGGGAGCAGGCAGGACAGUGGUUCGCAAGGAAAUCCCAAGCACACUGUCCAGCACGGCACCACAGGACCCUGAUGAGGAUGAGGAGACACGGCAGUACCGUCUGAAGAUUGAAGAACAGAAGCGUCUGAGAGAGGAGAUCCUGAAGAGAAAGGAGAUGCGACGGCAGAUGCAGGCUGGAGUUAGAAAGAAGGAGCUGCUGGACAGGCUCAAUGCCCAGACUCCUAGCCAAGUCCCAGCUCCUUUACAGACUCAUCCCUCACAACAAAAUCAACAAAUACCACACCCUGUACAACAGCCGCAGCAGCAACAAAUACUACAGCCUCAACAGCAAAGACAGUUGCCUCAGAGAACCCAAUCAUUAAAUCAAUCAUUUAAGAAUUCUAACCAAGCCACCCCCAUCCCUCCCAACAGUACUCCUCAGACCCCUACACCACGUCCCAAUGUCAAGACACGCCUGCAGAUGGUAAAAGGUAGUGCCCAGCAGCAACAGACCCCUGGGCCUAUUCCAGACCAGCAAUGGAAACCGCCACAACAAAAUCAGCAGCAACUGCAACAACAGCGAAGAAACAGUGCUGUGCAGAACAUUAACAUGCCUGGUGUUCAGAUCAAGGCCAAUCAGGUCCCCCAAAAGAUAAUACCUGUAAUUCCUUCUGUGGGCACUGGCCAGGCUCAGGCUGCAACUCAAGGACCUAUACCUGGGACUAAAAGAACUGUAAUGCAGCGGGCCAAGAAUUCUGGUCUCGAAGACCAGCAGGUGCCAACAAAAGUCAGAGUUGUCAAACUUUCAGGAGCGAGUGGAAAGGGGCCAGUGGCAGCCGGCGGCCCAUUGCAACAACAAGGCACCUGGUCAGCAACCCCGCUCAACCAGGCUGUGCAAAGAAAGGUUACCAUGACAGCGCAGCAGCAACAGGGACCAGGCGGAACACCACAGGCUGGCCGAGGGGUUAUGGGCAACCAACAGCAAAACAGGGUUGUCGUUUCGGGACGGGGACGAGGUAGAGGGGGUAGUCAGAUGGGUCGAGGUCGUCCAAUGUCCACCAGACAGAGCCAAAAAGGAGCAGAGAGCGAACGCUGCACUGUGUCCAUAAAGGGCCUCUCCUCAUCCACAACUGAUGUUCAACUGCAGAAUCUUCUCAUGUCCAUCGGCCCGAUAGAGAUGUUCAAAAUGAUGCCCCAGCAGAGAAAAGCAAUCGCCACAUUUUCCAGUCCCCAGCAUGCAGCAAGUUUUCAAAUGAGCUUCCAUAGGCACAUGAUUGAUUUAUCCCACAUUGAUGUGUCGCUGAUUGAUGGAUGAGGAGCACAAUACAGCCAGGGAGUCUUGUUACAAGAAGUCACUUUCUCCCAACGUGGGAGUCUCUUGUGCACAACUCCAACCUGGCAUAGGAAUAUUUCUUCAGCCCUUUGUGGUUACACACCAACGUCUCUGCACAGAACCAUCAUUCAUCUCCUAUCAACUUGGAACAGUGACCAUAAAGACCUUAGCUGCGAGCAUGUCGUAUGACUUUGUUUACCAAUUGUCCAUUGGUGUAAAAUAGCACUGAAGAGACACUGGACACUUAAACCUACUUUGAUGUAGUUUGUGAAAAACGUUUAGUGCAUCUUUCUAAGUAGAAUUUAUCAUGGGAUAAUGGUUGCUCCCCUCCUCAGUUAAUUAAUCAAACCAAACAAACACUUUAACUUUGUAAUUGAGAUAUAACCACUUAACAGUUUUUUUUUAAUUAUUAUUAUUAUUCGCUUCUUGCUGAUUGGUUUGGAUGCAGGAACUUGUUGCAGCAGACUCUUGCCAGCAGUAUUUUUCCCCCUCUAUAGAUGGCAGUAUUACAUCACUAAUGGUGUUUAAUUUUUCCGACUGAAGCCAGUUUUCAGGUAGAGAGGAGUCUCCAAGCAUUUUUUGGGUGAAUGGCACUUCCUAGUGGAGAACUUGCAUACAGACACAGAAGUGAAAGAGUUAACAUUUGACACAAAGCAGUGGCUGGGACCAAAUUGGCACUGGAUGUAAAAUUAAUACUGGUUUUCUAAAUUCCCAAUGUUUUUAGGAAUUGUAAAUGUUGUGACUUUUGUGUAGACUUUGGGGUUCUUUUCUGUUUCAGUGUUUCCUGGAAAGAUUGUUCAGAUCAUCUCUAGUUUAGGUUAGUCAGUUUGGUCAUUUGGCAUUGCUCCUUGUUCUAAACUUCAUGAGAUCUUUUAACUGUUACCUGGAAUCCGUUUUGGAAUUACUUUCCAUGCAUUUUGGAUGGAUAUUUUAGUUGAAUGUCUGAUAGUGGAUUAGUUAGAUUUAGGUUUAUAGUCUUUGCUGAGUGGUCUUUGAGGAAAUGUGUAUGCAAGUGUUUUUUUGUUGAGGUUUGUUUUAAUUACAAUUGUAUAUUGUUUGGCAGAUGUAUUCGUCAUUCAUUUUGUUUUGUCAGAGGAUUGCUUACAAUUCUCCUCAGGAUACAUUUCUGUAAAUGUUUUCCAGGAUAUACAUUAGGCCUCCUUUUGCCAAUAAUUGUUCAGAAUCUGCGUGACUAUCGGUUUGAUCAUUUGGUUAUCACUGUGCUGCAUGGUUUACCUAGAAUAGCACUUUGAACAGUUUGUCUUCACGCUGAGCUGAAAAGAUAGAUGUUUGGCAGUCAAUCAGAAACUAAAACAAAGUCACUGUAUUACUAUGCUCCAUAAAUUGAAUUCCCCUUAUUAUAAUUAAGACAUCCUUAAUCAUAUUGCUGUCAUACCCCUACAUAAAGAUUAAUUUUUUUUAUGAGAAGUUCUAAAUAACACUUGUACAAUCUCAAAUACUUUAAUUUUCUCUGAGCUUGUGCCCUUGUUUGGGAAGUGCUACCACAUCACUGAAAUUUUUUAAAUACUAGUUUCUGGCUCUAGGUAAGAUUUCAUGAGAUAUUAUUACACUACAUUUGGCAAGUUAGGCUCAUUUACAUUUUUCAUAAUUCCAUGAUUUCUGUCUUCAUCACACAACAUUUUUGCCUGUUUGGGUUUAAAGUUUGUUAAACAAAAACAGUUCUUUUAAAUCUUAAGACGUUGUUACCCAUGUUAAUGUGACAAAGAAAGCCGAGGGGGCAACCAUUAUCUAUGUAGUGAUCAUGUGCAUAAGUAGACCAGAACUUUCUCUCAAUAUUUAUCCUGUUGAAUUUUUUUUUUUGUUAUUCUUUAUUAUGUUGUAUCAAGUUAAGCAUUUUUAUAUGUAAGGAUAUGCUAAUAUGUCCAGACAUAAAUCAUUUUACUAGUGUUAUGUUUCUAAUUUAGAACCAAAAUGAAGAAUGACUGGACCACAAUUCUGUUUAUAAGACAUUUGACAACAAGUUUAUGGUAAAAUAAAAACAUGGCCAAUAUACCGUGAACAUGCAGGUAUGUGAAGCCGGUUAAACUUUAGCCCAAAGAUGUGUGGUUGUGUGUGAUGUCCAUGUGUCUGGUGCCUUUACGAAUAAUAAUCUUUCUACGUUAUUGGUUAUUCAUCUUACAACAUAUCAUAUAUACUUUAUACAACUUUUUAAACCCCUUGUAUGGCAAGAAAUACCUUUAUAUAGAGUUAGGGGGAUGCCACUGAAUUUUGGCAUUGAAAUUAUUUGCUUCAUAGCCAGAAACCCAAUCAUUUUUGUCCUGCCUAUUUAACUGUGAUGUCAUACUAAUGUUCAGCUACCUACAGCCCUGACGUGCUAGAGGUAAAGCAAUAGGCAAGGUAAAUGUAGCCACAUUUUAAACUAUUUCCCUGGAUUUGACUAAUACAAAGAUCAUUUGGAGGGUUAACAUUUAGACAUACAGUCUUUAAAUUACUUUUACUAAAUCAACUCAUGGCUGUGCAUCUGGAUGACGUCACAGAUUAAGUUCAUGGUUCUCUGGUUUUAAGACUUCUUCAGAAAGAGUUCUUCAUGUUCACAAGUACCUAUUGGUCUCUGUCUUUGACUGCAUUUGCAAAUCAAAUUGAUAAAACUUAGUGCUAUUUCCCUUAAAUUAGGCAUUACUUAAAUCAAAAUCCAGAAAGAUAUUAAGCUGCACAUUCGGGAUUCUUGCCAGUAAAGGUUACUAGAUUCACAACAUGCUUGCAGUAAUUGAAGUAUCGGGACAAAUGGGGUGUCUGAAAAUGUCUAAACUCCUAAAAAUUUCUUCUUUCUUCUUGUAAAACCUGAGGUUCCAUGGUUUUUAAGUCUUUUUUUUGUAUGUUUUGCAGUUGUUCUAAACUGACUUCUUUAUGUUUUAUUUAUUUUGUUUUAAGUUAACUGAUGUAGAAGGAUUUGUUCUCUAACAAUGUGUAUUUGAUGUCUUUCAUGUUUUGUGUUGCACUAGAUUUUUAGUGCUUUGGUAAAUCCUGUGGAUUUGAAAAAGUACGGGCAAUGCCAGUGAUAGUUAUAUUGCUACAAGAAAUCUGGUCUUGUAAUGACAGAGCAGAUUCAUAUUGAAUCUUUUUGUAACUUAAUUUUAAGAAUUCCAUACAUAUAUGUAACUUGACCUUUUUAGACGUGAUGUUGUAUUCCUCAUAGUGGUUUCCUUGAGAAAAACGGUGCUCUAUUGCCUUCUGAUUUACAGCAAGCUAUUCAACUAGGUUCUCUUUCUAAUCACGUCACCUGAUGUGGUUGCAUUAUGGUAUUUAGAUUAAUCCGCGCCAUAACUAUGGGCAUUCUUAAUACUUAAAUAUGCUGUCAUUAUAGCUGCUAGUAUCAUGUUUUUAAAAGCUUUGGGUCAAAUAUGCAACACUAGCUGGGUUGGGUUCUACAUAACACUAACUUACAACUUUUUUUUUAACAGGUCCAUUUGGUGAUCCAGGGUGCGGAGAUUCUGCAGGCCGGCCAAAAUAAUCAUUCUUUCUUUUUCUUCAGGUCACAUCCACUUAAACCGAGUUGUUAUCGGUGUGAUUGCUAGCCCCAAAAGCAAAGUUAAAGGACUAUACCAAGGGUUUAGCAUGUUUCAGCAAAUCAACAAAUUAGGUGAUUAUAUAUUAUAUCUAACUUCCCAACUUAAAGGCAGCUGUUGGUUUUACAUAAUCCUAGCACUGUAUGCAAGUCAACUUGCUUAUAAUUCAUCACAUUCAACUAUUAAUUGGCUUUACUUUUGUCAAAGUUAUGUUAUUGUUGCAUGUUAAGGCACUCAAGGUUAUUGGUUCCUUGAUGUGUUUAGGUGCUUAUACGAAGCUCCAAUAUCUAAAAUUUGAGUUGGCUAGUUAAGUUUGUCCCUCUAAUGUAAUAAUUUAAGGUUAACUUUGAAAAAACCCACAGGUCAUUUGUUUUCAUUUCGCAAAAAGGCUUUUCUAUCCUGCUGGUAUGAAAAAAUAAUUUGCUACAUGUUGUAUACACAAAACAUCACCAAACUAAAAGUGUUUAAUCUAAUUUCCCCAAGUUGUGCUAAACAACCAACAAGAAAAAGUAUGUAAUUUCCAAUUUCUUUUGGUUCAAGCAACAUUGUGCCUUGUUAUUUAAGUUUCUGAUACGCCAGACAGAUAGUUUUUUGUUCUAGCAGAAAGCAGUUUUGAGUGUAAUCAAAUGACCCACAGUUUUCUUUUUUAAUUAUUUGUCUUGUGUUUAUGUUUGAGGAAGUCAGGUGCCUACAUUUGUGACUAAUGAAACCAUGUAUGCAAACAUCUUAAAAAUAGAAGUAUUGAUUACAUGGGAGGUACAAACCGGUGUAGAAAAGCAUUCAAAACCAUUGGCAUGGUCCGACACUUGCGGUGGUCCUGGUUGAACCACAUUGGGCUGUUUAAGGUUGUGGCUCUAGUUCUGUUUCAGGUGGCACUAUAGGGCACACCAUAUCACCAAAACAGAAUCAAUUCUCCUAUUAACACAUUUAUUUUUCAGCAGCCUACUGGUGAGAGGAGCCAUUGACCAGCUAUAGCCAUGAUACUGCUAUGUCACUUUUCCUGCCUUAACUCACUCACGUAACACUUCAGGUUCUUUUACAGCUGUGCAGUGUCCAGCCUUGGAAUGAAGAUUUUAUUUCCCUCACUAAAGUGCUUACUUCCCUCACGAAAGAGAUGUUGCCUUUUCAUUUGGCUUGCCACAUUUCCUUCCAUAACUGCUUUUCCUGCCAAUGUUCUUCUUCAUUCUUACAUAUAUUUGACAGUUCCUCAUCUUUUCCUUGAUGCGGCUGCUGUUGAAUGAACUUAAGACUUCUGUAUCAAGCAGGGUGGCCUACCUGGAUUACCAUUGUUUGUUAACCCAAUGGAUGGAGGUUUCCAUCUCUGUGACGACAGCCGGGUUCACAGAGCAGACAUGUAACUCUAAAGCCGCUUUAUGGCUUUCACUGCACCAAAGGUCAUCCCAACUUCUUGACACACAUUGUUUGGUUGGAUUUUGAAAAAGAUACUACAGUGGUUUCCUUAUCCCGAACAGCAUGGUCCACCAAAUAAUGACUGAAAAUCCAACCUCAAGUUUUGACUGAAACGGUUGACAAUCCAUUCUGUCAUGUAUGUUCACAAUUUGUUGUAUAACAUGAAGUAAUCAUGUUUUGUGUUGACAAUUCUGAAAUCAAGCAUGUGAUACUGUACAUUGUUAUUUUUCUAAAGAAUGAUUUUAAAAGAGAAUAAUUCUUAAAGAGAUGGAAUGUGUUAAAUUUGAUACUGGAAACUGGAGAUAAAUAAACUUUGAUAUACACAGCAA